GCCCUGGGGGAAGGUUGCACAAACCUUCCUGCACAGGCCUCAGACUGCCUCCCCGCCUGGCCUGUGCACAGCCCGCCUCUCCCCCUCAUCCCUGCCACCCACCGCUCACCAGGGCCGGCAUCCCGGCUCCCUGCCCUGGGUCCCAGCCUGUGUCCUCCACUACUGGGGCUGGCUGGGGGCUGGGCUGGACACCGCAGCCCGCCUAUCCAUCACUGGGCACGGCUUCUUCCUCAUUUUGCUGCCGAUUCUAACCCCAAACAAAACAGGUUGAGCCCCUUUUCUGCCUUCUGCAGUUGUCUCUGGCUUGUGGCUGCCUUCUCAGUGCUGCAGACGGCGCCGGUCAGGGAGGGAGGGCCUGGGCCAGCUCUGCCGGGACUGGGACGGUGCUCCUGGCUCCUGGCCCACAGUCAACCCUGCCUGAGGCAGGAGCACAGGCUUCACAGCAGCACAGGCUUCACAGCAGCAGACGCCUGGAGGAUGAUGCCCCAGCUGCAGUUUCGAGAUGCCUUUUGGUGCAGGGACUUCACGGCCCACACGGGCUACGAGGUGCUGCUGCAGCGGCUGCUGGACGGCAGGAAGAUGUGCAAGGACGUGGAGGAGCUGCUGAGGCAGAGGGCCCAGGCGGAGGAGCGCUACGGGAAGGAGCUGGUGCAGAUCGCGCGGAAGGCGGGCGGGCAGACGGAGAUCAACUCCCUGAGGGCCUCCUUUGAUUCCCUGAAGCAGCAAAUGGAAAAUGUGGGCAGCGCACACAUCCAGCUGGCCCUGACCCUGCGUGAGGAGCUGCGCAGCCUGGAGGAGUUCCGCGAGAGGCAGAAGGAGCAGAGGAAGAAGUACGAGGCCGUCAUGGACCGUGUUCAGAAGAGCAAGCUGUCACUCUACAAGAAGGCCAUGGAGUCCAAGAGGACAUACGAGCAGAAGUGUCGGGACGCAGACGAUGCUGAGCAGGCCUUCGAGCGCAUCAGUGCCACUGGCCACCAGAAGCAAGUAGAGAAGAGCCAGAACAAGGCCAAACAAUGCAAGGACUCAGCCACCGAGGCAGAGCGAGUAUACAGGCAAAACAUCGAGCAGCUGGAGAAGGUGCGGGGUGAGUGGGAGCAGGAGCACCGGACCACCUGUGAGGCCUUCCAGCUGCAGGAAUUUGACCGGCUGACCAUUCUCCGCAAUGCCCUGUGGGUGCACUGCAACCAGCUCUCCAUGCAGUGCGUCAAGGACGAUGAGCUCUAUGAGGAAGUGCGGCUGACACUUGAAGGCUGCAGCGUGGACACCGAUAUCAAUGGCUUCAUCCAGGCCAAGAGCACAGGCACUGAGCCCCCAGCUCCGGUGCCCUACCAGAACUACUAUGACCGGGAGGUCACCCCGUCAUCUGGCAGCCCUGGCAUACCACCAUCCUGUGGCAUGAUAAAGAGAUUCUCUGGGCUGCUGCAUGGAAGUCCCAAGACCACAUCCCUGCAAGCUCCUGCUGAGACCCUGACACCUGCCCCUGAGCGGAGUGAAGUCGUCUACGCAGACAUUGCAGUGCAGGAGACCCUGGGAAACGCUGCCCCACCAGCCCAGGACUACAGGGCGCUCUAUGACUACACGGCACAGAACUCCGAUGAGCUGGACAUGUCUGCAGGGGAUAUCCUGGCAGUCAUCCUGGAAGGGGAGGAUGGCUGGUGGACAGUGGAACGGAAUGGGCAGCGUGGUUUUGUCCCUGGGUCCUACCUGGAGAAGCUCUGAGGAAGAACCAGCAGCUCCUCACCAGGACCUGCCCUGCCAGGAGUGUCCCCUAAAACUGCCCUGGUAUUGUGGGGUCUGAAUGGGCCUGCCCCUGCUGGGGAUGCGACGGAGAUGGUGUCACAUUCAAGAAGUCUCUCCGGGCUGGGGAUGUGGCUCAAGCGGUAGCGCACUCGCCUGGCACGUGCGAGGUGCUGGGUUUGAUCCUCAAAACCACAUAAAAAUAAAAAAAAUAAAGAUAUUAUGUCCACCUAAAAAAUAAAUUAAAAAAGAAGUCUCUCCUA